UCCCAUUUUAUCAUAACUCACAACGUUUCGCAAGCGGUGGUGUGAGGCUCUCUCACUCCACGACGCAAUCAGCUGUACACCUCAGUCACUCGGAAAACGCCAUUUUACGGAUAACGACGGCUCGGGGUAAUAGGCAACAGUCCCUCGCCUGAGCAGGUUUCAUUCGAGAAGCUUGCUAGGGACGCUACCGAGACAUCACACUAGCGCCCACUCCAUCACCAGUAUGGGUGUCUACUACGGCGCGCGGGCUUUGCGAGAAUCGUGACGUUUAGAGGAGAUUAUUUGGCACCUUGAUGGAAUUAGACUGAGCUGCAGAUCUCGACAGCGCCAUGCCGCCCGGCCGGCCUUCGAAAAGGACUGGCGAGUCAGCAGACGGCAACUCAUCGGACGAACACAGCAUCAAAGUCAAGACGCAGCGGACACAACGGGGAUCGACGCAGAGCGACUUCUCAAGCGUGGUCAAGAGCAAGCUUCAGUCGUACACCCGUACAGGUCAAGCAUGCGAUCGUUGCAAGGUCCGCAAAAUACGUUGCGAUGCGUUGCCCGAAGGGUGCUCGCAUUGCAUUAGUCAAAACUUGGAAUGCUAUGUCACGGAUCGCGUCACCGGUCGCACGGAGCGCCGUGGCUACACACAGGAGCUUGAGCGAGAGAAGGCAGCCAUGCUGGCACAGAUCCGGACGCUCGAAAAGAUGCUCGAAGCGAACGGAAUACAUGCGGCGCGGUUCCAGUGGCCUCAGUCCUUUGACUCCCCAGGGCGCUCGUCAUCGCGCUCACAACUCGACAUAAGCAACCAGGACGUUUCCCAACAGGCUUCGCACCUCACGACGCCUAUGGGUCCUUCCUCUCCCUUUACCAACAGUGAGAGCACUUCUUUGAGUGUUACUCAAGACGCCAAUCCAAAUCGACCACAGCUUGUUGCAUUCAAAAGUUUGACGCUGUCCAUUCUUGGAAAUGACAUCGAUCUCGGCGCGUUCGGAGAGACUGAUCUCCCAGAUCCUUCGCUCCGCGUCCCCGACGUGCCCCACCACUAUUCUCCAAGCGAGAAGAUGAUUUUGCAUAUGAUGCUCAACCUACAGCGUCCCACAGAUGUCGAGCUUCCACCGUGGAGUGAGGCACUCCGGUAUGCGGAAUGGUGGUUCGCAAAUAUCUAUCCGUUCCUGCCCAUUCUGCACCGGCCAACCUUCCUGUCGAAUCUCAAACUGCUUUACGAAGACCCAGCAUCGCCUUCAUUAGCGCCCGCGGAUAUUGUUAGCAUCCACGUGGUGUUCGCGACGACAUUGCGUCAAAUCAGCUUUACCUCGCUCGAUCACUCGAAGCGACCACAUCUAGUCGCAUGGUCCGAAAAGCACUACCACUAUGCUCUUGGGAGAUUUUCUGAGCUUGUCGCAUCGCGGAAUCUCCAGGAUGUUCGAGCAAUUGCACUCAUUCUUUUCCACGCGACGAGAUUCUCGAAGCCUAGGGUCAGUGCCUAUGUCGCAAGUCAGGCCAUAUCCCUUGCAAUGGAACUGGGUUUGAAUCGAGCACGCCCCUCGCACGCCCGCACAGGCAGGCUGGAAGAGGAGAUGCGCAAGAGAUUAUGGUGGGCAAUCUUGUGGUUGACAAUCACGAUAUAUGGUCGCACGGGACGGCCGAUGCCGAUAGGAUUACAUGAUAUGGACAUCGAUUACCCGGACGCAUUGUCCGACGAAGUUCUCGAAGAGCAGAGCGGCAACACUAUCGGAGUUCCGGCCUGCCCUUUCCUCGUCGGUCUUUGGAUUAUGAAAGCCACGAGGAUGUACCUGCAUAUGUACUCCAGCAUAUACAGCAUUCGAUCCAAAUCAUCCGCAUAUCUCGUCUCGCUACAGGCACUUGAACAACAGCUCAAGAACUGGCAGGAUAGUCUCCCUGAUAGUCUUCAGCUUACCGAGGCGGAUGUCGCAGACGCUGCAGUCAGCGACUUCCACGCACUAUAUAUCCACUACACCAGCCUAAAUCUGCAGCUGUACUUGCGCCAUCCCAUGGCGCUGCCGUCCGAGGAUCCCGCGCUCCUGGACAGCACUCUGCAGGCCAACGAAGAGAACUCGAAACGCCUGCUCAGGUGUCUCCUGGCCCUACACAAAAUUGGAUGGCUUGAAGCCACAUGGCUUGCUCUGGGGACGUAUACGAGUGGUGCCUUUCUGCAUCUGACGUCUUAUUGGCACAGAAGGAAUAUCCUGAACGAGCAUGAUAUGCUUGACCUGCGGCGAGACAUGAUGUCCUGGUUCAUGAUUAUCAAUGAGACCAGCCAACUUCUUGACAAUGGACAGAGACUAUCUGCUGCGAUCAACGACAUAAUCCAACGCGUGCUAACGUGGAUCGAACAUGACUAUCACCGACUGGCAAACGAUGCCCGGUCCUUACACACACCACGAGAUAUGGCCGCCAAGCGCACAGCUCAAGAACCAGGACAGAUACCACAUAUGUCCUCGAUGGUAUCCAAUCAGCGCCUGGCAGAUUCUUCGGGCAGGGGCAACGUGACAUACGAUUUGCCCUCGAGGACUGGCUUCUAUCCAGAUCCUUCUGUAUCCGACCCCGGGGUGUACGGCCAGCCCAUGGGCUAUCCAGGCACACAACUGCAACCUCCGAAUCCCGGGGCGCCCUAUAAUCCUGGUCACCCAUUUACUUACGAGGGACAGAUUAGAAUGGAACCACCGCAUGGCCACGAGCACAGCUCAGGGCCGACUCCACGGACCGGCGCCGCAAUGGACCCGUAUGCGCCGGGCGGGGCACCACCACCAAUGUCCCAAACCUCGCAGUCCAUCAUGUGGCGCCCUCCAAUAUCGACGACCAAUACACACGAUAUCCAGGCAGGCAUGGCGAACCCGAGCGGAAGCGGGCCUCAUGGAGGCGCAACAUGGAGCGACUGGAGCACGCCCGUCCCUGGCAGCCAAGAGCACCGUUAUGGGUCGCAUUCUCUCGUGGGCAUGGGUCCGGGCCCGCGACAAGAGACGCGCCAGGACAGUGGCAUGCCGGUAGGGCCUGAGAUGGAGAUGAACAUGGGUCCUGGCGUGCCUGUUGCCGGGAACGAGAUGCCUUGGCCCGGAUUGAUGUACCCAGCAAGCUCGGAGCGGCAGCAGAGGCCGCAAUGACAUGAUGAAGGAGCCAUAGCAGAAGCGAAUAAUGAUGAACUCUAUUGCCGUUUGA